UUUUGUAACGUAAGGAACUGAUAGUUAACUAUUCUGUUUAUUACAACAAUUUCAACUAUCUAUUAACAUAAGAAUUAACACACCCUUCACACUUUCUCAUAGCAUACAAGGAACACCUUGAAACUGCGCGUUGUUGUGGUAACAAGCCGCACGCAAAGUAAACAAAAACUGAACACCCAACGCAAACAAUCAAACCAACCUCCAGCUACGCGCUCUCCUUCCUGAUCAUAUCCAAUACCCAUCCAGAAUGUCUUCACAAUUCAACCUACACAACUCGCCCGCCGAUAUAAUCUCCUCCGUGAGAUUCAAUCCCACAGAAAAAUACAGCAGUUUUCUUCUUGCCAGCUCUUGGGAUGCCACGCUGAAUCUUUACGACACAUCAAGAGAGGGAGGCAGACUGUUAACCAGGAUAGAUGGCGUAGCGCCGCUGUUGGAUUGCUGCUGGGAUGAUACCGGUCGAACUGCGUUUAUCGGUGGACUAGAGAGCCGUGUUAGAAUGGUCGACCUGGAAACUGCUGAAUGCACUACUAUCGGCGAACACGACGAACCAGUCAAAAGCCUAGUCUACCACGACACCUCAGGUCUGCUGAUCUCAGGCUCCUGGGACAAGACCGUGCAAUUUCACGACCACCGAAACAACUCUCGGGUAUGCAGCACCGAGGUUCCGCACAAAGUGUUUUCGAUGGACGCCACGGGAAACCUCUUGGUUGUCGGAAUGGCGGGCAGGGCGGUGUAUGUUUACGAUAUCCGGAAUAUGGACGAGCCGUUUCAGAGACGGGAGAGUAGUUUGAAGUAUAUGACGCGCACUGUGAAGUGUAUCCCGUCUGGUGAGGGAUACGCGUCAUCUUCGAUCGAAGGACGUAUUGCCGUCGACUUUUUCGACUCCAGCUCCUCAGUCCAAGCCAAGAAAUACGCCUUCAAAUGCCACAGAGCAGCAGAAGGCGACCACGACACAGUCUACCCCGUCAACGCCCUCGCAUUCCACCCCAUCUACGGCACAUUCGUCUCCGGCGGCGGCGACUCUCUCGUUUGCUUCUGGGACUACAAAGCCCGCAAACGGCUGCGGCAGUAUCCGCGGUACCCGGGCCCGGUGCAGUCUUUGGACAUUGACCGACGCGGAACAAACCUUGCGAUCGCGCACGGAGGCGAUGUGGAGAUCGGACAGCAUGGCACAGAGAGAGGGAUUUGCGGAAUCACAAUCAGGCCGCUUGCACCGGGCGAGGGGAAAGGCAAAGCUUAAUGACGAUAUUGAAUAGUUUUGACCUGAAGUAUUUGCAGAGUAGAAUAUGAGCUUUUGUAGCUGAUGGUUAAAUAAUCGCUUUUUCCACAAAUUAU